CGCCUGCGCGGUGUGCGGGGAGCGGCUGCCCGCAGGGUAUACAGCAUGGCCCAAACAGAGAAGAAAGGUGGGCUGCUCCGGAAAUCUUCAGCCUCCAAGAAGCCUUUGAAAGAGAAAGUGGUGUUGAUGUAUGAUGAAAUUUUCACGACAGAGGACCCCAGUAAAUGCAACCCUAGGUUUUGGGAGGAGCUAUUUCUCAUGAAGGUCAACCUGGAGUAUCUAGAAGGCAAGCUGGAGGCUCUGGAUGGGGAAGAAUUAAUGAAGAUAAAAGACAACAUCAACUGCUUGUUUCAGCACUGUAUCCAGGCCCUGGGUGAGGAGCACCCAAUCAGAGUGGUGAAUGCAUUACAGACUUUGUGUGCAUUGAUCCGGGGUGUCCAUCAGAAGAACAAAUCCACUUCUGGGUUUGACAUCAUCAACAUGCUUGUGGGUUUUGACAAGGCAGAGCUGUGUAUGAAGAAUCUGAUGGAGAGCUUGGACUCCCUCCUCUGUGCAGAAGGUUCUGAAAGCCUCAAAAGCUUGUGUCUGAAGCUACUUCUCUGCUUGGUGACAGUGACAGAUAACAUUAGCCAGAACACCAUCCUGGAGUAUGUGAUGAUUAACAGCAUAUUUGAAGCCAUUUUACAGAUCCUGUCCAGCCCUCUCAGUCGCAGGGAGCAUGGGUAUGAUGCUGUUGUCCUUCUGGCCUUGCUGGUCAACUACAGAAAGUAUGAGUCAGUGAAUCCCUACAUUGUGAAGCUGUCCAUUGUGGAUGAUGAGGCCACACUCAAUGGAAUGGGACUUGUAAUUGCCCAGGCUUUAUCGGAAUAUAACAGGCAGUACAAAGAUAAAGAAGAGGAGCAUCAGACUGGUUUCUUCUCAGCCCUAACUAACAUGGUGGGCAGCAUGUUCAUAGCAGAUGCUGAUGAGAAGAUCUCUGUCCAAACAAAUGAAGCAAUCCUUCUGGCCCUCUAUGAAGCUGUUCACUUAAACAGGAAUUUCAUCACAGUUCUGGCACAAAGCCAUCCUGAAAUGGGCCUGAUGACAUCACCAACGAGCCCAGUUCCAACCACACCUGUCACUCCACUUGGAACCACCCCACCUUCUUCAGAUGUUAUAAGCUCUGCAGAGCUGCCUUUGGAUGCUGAUGUGCAAACGAGCAACCUGCUGAUAACCUUCUUGAAGUACAGCUCGAUUGUGAUGCAGGACACAAAAGAUGAGCACCGGCUGCACAGUGGCAAGCUGUGCCUCAUCAUCCUCACGUGCAUAGCAGAGGAUCAAUAUGCUAAUGCUUUUCUUCAUGAUGACAACAUGAAUUUUCGUGUAAACCUACACAGAAUGCCGAUGAGGCACAGGAAGAAAGCAGCAGACAAGAACCUGCCCUGCCGCCCGCUGGUGUGUGCGGUGCUCGAUUUGAUGGUGGAAUUCAUUGUAACACACAUGAUGAAAGAAUUUCCUAUGGAUCUCUAUGUACGGUGCAUUCAGAUUGUGCACAAGCUGCUGUGCUACCAGAAGAAAUGCAGAGUGAGGCUUCAUUACACUUGGAGGGAGCUCUGGUCAGCUUUGAUCAACUUGUUGAAGUUCCUCAUGUCUAAUGAGACUGUGUUGCUGGCCAAGCACAACAUCUUCACCCUUGCUCUUAUGGUUGUGAACCUGUUCAACAUGUUCAUCACUUAUGGAGACACAUUUCUGCCCACUCCCAGCAGCUAUGAUGAGCUCUAUUAUGAAAUCAUUCGCAUGCACCAGAAUUUUGACAACCUUUAUUCUAUGGUUCUAAGGCUGUCUACCAAUGCUGGUCAAUGGAAAGAGCCUGCAAGCAAGGUGACCCAUGCAUUAGUCAAUAUUAGAGCCAUCAUCAAUCACUUCAACCCGAAGAUAGAGUCUUAUGCUGCAGUGAAUCACAUAUCACAGCUCUCCGAGGACCAGGUUUUGGAGGUGGUGAGGUCCAACUACGACACGCUGACGCUGAAGCUGCAGGACGGGCUGGACCAGUACGAGCGCUACUCGGAGCAGCAUAAGGAGGCUGCCUUCUUCAAAGAGCUGGUUCGCUCCAUCAGCAUCAACGUGAGGAAGAACCUUGCUUUCAACACGCUGAGCCAGGAGCUGCUGCUGAAGGAAUUCUCGACGAUCUCGUGAGGCGGGGACGCUGCGGCAGCGCGGGCGGAGCCGGGCGGCCCGGUGGGCAGGGACACUCCGCUCUGCGGCCGGUCCCCUCUGCCUGCGGAAGGGACUGAGUUUCUUUUAGGGGAACGCCUUGCUGCUGUGUGUCUGAUCCCAAAGGAAUGUGUUUAAACUGAACUUGGGCUGAGGAGAGCUGAUUGGCACGUUGAGGAGGAAGCAACUUUUUAUGGUGCCACGGGAGUGGGCAGCCAUUCCUGUGACAUAGCAAUGGGAGAUUCCCUCCACAGCCUCAGGGAAAAUGCACUGGAAACCUUUGUAGCAGAGCUGGGGAGAGCUCACAACUGAAAUAAUAAAACCAGCCCAGCUGUGUGAAACUGUUCUGGGUAGAGAUUGCUCACCUGCUCGAUGGGGAAAGCUCUUUGGUCCCAGGUGAGGGCUGUUCUUGUCCAUCAGCCUGGGUCAACGUGUCCUCCUGUCAUGUAAGUCAAAUCCAUUGCCAUCCCAUUGGGAAUGGCUUUGGAUUAUAAAACAGUUUCCCCAAGGAGCAGGCCUUGCUCACUGCUGUCUCCUGAUGUCAAAAGGUGUCACUUCAACCAAGCCAUUGGAAAAGGGGAAACUUUGCUUCCAAGGCUGUUGGCUUGCAGGGUCCAUUGUGAGCCAGGAUCCAAGAAUAUGGGUCAUCAAACAGAGCACUUUGCUACUGGAGACCAGCUCUGCUUGGGGUCACUGUUGCUUCCGGUAGCCCCAGCUCAUCUGCUGUUUCUAAGGUAGAGGGACAUUUUUAGAUAUUUGGUUUUCAUGGGGCAGAGGCUGACUCCUUCUCCCCACUCACCUUGUUGCCCAUCAGAGACCGCUUUGCGACAAUCCUCCUCUUCCUCACGGGAACAUCUGCCUUUGCACAUGUUUGCAGGUGCCUGGUGACCUUCAUAAAUGAAGAAGUCUCCAGUUUUUCCUUUGUGUGUAGCACACAGUUAAAAUGCAUCUGGAGAAGUAGUGACUUCACUUUCCUGCCCUCCUGUCUUCACCAAGCGACGUUCAGCCGUGUCUGCUGAGGGCUUCCCAAGGAGCAGCUCUGGGAUGAUGCUCUGGGGCACAGGCACCUCUCUGCUCCCAGAGCCAGUGCUGCAGAGGUGCCCACAUCUGGCAGAGCCUGUUUAGAGUGCUGUGUCAGGCUCCCAGCUCAGGAAUACACAGCAUGAACACCUGUUCCACACCUGUUCCCUGCUCAUGCAUUUUCAGCUCCCAGCACUGAUGUUAUGAUACUAGGAUCUGGCCUGACUUGGUGGACUGAAGUAGAGAAGUUAUUUACAUCCCAGAUCCACAGGUUUUUUUCCUCCCCCUAGAAAACAGAUGUUUUUUU